AUGACCGAGCAAACCAGCAGCGAAUCGCAGCUGACAUGUUGCAGGAACCCAUCUCCCCCAUCAACAAGACCCUCAGACGACAAUCCUCGCGAACAGCCAUCCGACAAUAAACUCCCCGUCCCCAGACCCAUCAUCAAAACAUCCGUCUCGCCCUUCUCUGACACCCAACAAAUCAUCUACGACAGCCCCGUCGUUCUCGAGAUGGAUUCGGGUGUCGGUAAUGGGUACGCCCAUUAUCACCAAAGCGACCCUUACAACGCCGCUCGUUCGAGGAGAAAGUCUGUCAGCGCCCCGUCGCCCAUUUCGGAAGAUGAAGAAUUGUUGAAUGCCUCGGGGUCUGGCGAGAAGAGACGGAAAGGGCGGGGGUCGUUCUCCCUGCCAUUCCAUGGAGGCCGGCGGAGAACACAGCCGAGCGGGUGGUUCACGAUCCCCCAGAUCUUUAGACGGCGGAGGUCAAAAUGUCUAUUGAUCUUUGCCCUCUUUGCUGCUUUGCUGUACGGUUUCGUGCUCUGGAAACGGACGUACGAGAUCCAACUCGAAUUCUCCAUCUUUUCGCGCAAAUGGAUUGCCGAAGAGAUCGAUUCCCUACAGCCUCUAAAAGGCUGCUUCAACAACCCCUCCCCACGGUACAACAUGACGCAACACCUAGCCCCCCGGCGACACAUGCUGUCCCCCGGUACGAGCCUGAAACGCGGCAUGUCGUGCUACGACUUUGCUUCCACCAUCAAACCCGAGCCUGAAGCUGCCCUCGAGCAUGUGUAUUAUCACACUUAUUGGCGGUCUGACUUGAUUUCGUUUGGGGAACGACAAUCAGCUACAUUCCUCGCGUUCUUGGCGACUCAGCCCCUCACACAUUCUACCCUUAUAGUAUGGACGAACGGUGCCGAAAGUCUUUCUGCGAAUACGCACGUCAAGCCUUUCCUCGAACGAUGGGGCGAGUACAUCCAGAUCCGCCAAGUCCACCUCGCCGAGCUCGCCCAGGGCACAGGCGUCGAAAAUGUCAUCAAGGGCAUCACGGGUGAUGGAGGGAUAUACGACGAGCGGGCGUGGGUGGAUGGGGAUGCGGUGAGGUUGUUGGUGUUGUGGAAUUAUGGGGGGAUAUGGAUGGAUAUGGACCAGCUUUUGACGCGGGAUCUGCAUCCGUUGACAGAAGAAGAAUGGGUCACCCAGUGGGAUUGUUAUGACAAACCAUACCUUUCCCUCAACGGCGCCCUGAUGCACUUUCACGCCUCCUCCCCCUAUCUCUGCGAAGCAUUCAACAUCAUGUCCACCUCCCCCCUCCCCAAACCCAACACCUUCACUUGGGGCUCGCACCUCUACGCCAAACUGCACCGCCACCUCAUCGCCGCCGGCGUCCGCCCCUUUGCCGUCCUCCCAUGGUGUUUCAGUGAUCCCAGGAAUUGUCGGUUGGAUAACCGGUUCCCCGAUCCAUUCUUGCCUGACCCGGGGUCGUUUACCGGGAAGAAAUGGGAUGAUGGGGAAGGAGGCAAAUCGGGGAGACAAGCGUUGGAAGAGCGCACGUCGCAUAUCUAUACGAUCCACUUGCAUAACCAGUGGGCGAAAAAGUUUCCAAAAGGCGGGUGGAUUGAUAGGCUUUUGGAGGGGUAUAAGGCGCAGGUGUAUAGGGUGGAGAGGUAUGCCGAGUCGGCGGGGUUGGUCAAGGGUGGGAAGAUUGCGCUGGGAGGGAGAUAG